AUGUGGAAAACAUGUUGUUUGUCUGACUCUCAUUGUUUUGGAUGGAAUGAUCUGGCAACAGUGAAUUUGAUCACUGCUCACCGACGGGCUCCACCCCUCGAUGGGGACCCAUCGUCGAUCAAUCAAUACCUAUGCAUAACAGAACCAGCACUGGUUGUGCUCUGCAUGAUUGACAUCGGCAAAACCGUGUCUGGGCGGUCGUUGAGUCCAGAGGCUGAGGAUGUGCUGAGAACAUAUUCAGAUGACUUGUUAGAGGCGUUAAUCGAUGCAGCAUGUAAUGAAACAAAAGCGAGGAACUCUCAUAAAAUAAUCGAGAACGAUGUGCUGAGGUCGGUGAAGGCUGUGUCGUUGUUUCCGGCUCGAAUUGUGCCGCGAGCUACUCUGAAGAUCUUCGACAUUAAGUCAACAUCUAACCGUCGAAAUGAUCAGACGCAAAACUCGGGAGCAGCAGCGGGAGAAAGUCAGCACAGCACAGCUCCUAACCAAUCAUCUACUCGUCCACGCCGGCCCCAGGUAGACGAAGCGAAAUUCCUGGAGGAUAUCCGGAAAAUGAAGCCGGUAGAAAUUAGAGAGCCACGACAGUUCACUUCCCAUAAACUCACUCUGGAUCCCAAAGACAUUAGGCCACGAGUAGGGGCGGCAGCAGUGGCAGACGUCGCAUCGGCCAUGGAAAGACCUGCCCGGCAUUUCAUUGGACGACCACAACCGCUCAUCACCGAAGACCGAGGAAUCGUUGGCCCGAUGCCAAAUAUUAAACCGAAUGUGGGCGCGACUAUGAAGGUUCCGGCAUUCCUGCAAGCUCUGCAGCAAAGAAAUGAAAUGCUAGGAUUCACGGGAAACAAUAUAAGCCAAGCCCCACAUCCGCACCCACCUCCUCUCGUUCAACAAAAGAUCCAAGUUGCUCCUCCUCCGCCGGUCCAGCGAUAUUAUUCGCAACCGCAAGCUCCUCCCCAAAACUUCUUCCAACCACCACCAAACUUCCCGAUACCGCUUGAUCUACGUCAAGCCAUCCAACGUCUACAUCCACAUCAGGCUGCUCGGAUAAUUAAUGAGUUGCUUCAAAGACAACGUCGUCAAAAGUGGGUGGACGAGUUGGAGCGUUCGGCUCUUAUGUCGCCCACGCCACCACUCACCGAAUGCGAUUAUCCGCUCUGUAAUGGCGGAGACCAUUAUCACUGUGUGACAUCUAGAAGAAGCGCAGAUGUGACUUUGCCGCUGACGGUGAGGUCGGAUGUGGUGACAACACAAACGCCGGCUUGUACCCGGGAAGAAUCGCCGCCAGACGACAACGAGUGGGAAGUUCCGGAAGGGCCUGUAGAUCAUCUGGAUUGUGCUGAGUACUAUGAAAUUGUGAAUUCAAAACCGAACGCAAAAACAAAGGAGAAAUUAGCUGAGCAUAGGAUGCCUGCCAAGGCUUCCGACAAAGAUCAAAAAAGUGUGGCAGCUGCAGAAGGUGAUCCAGGUGUCAGAAAAGACGCAAGUCCUGCUUUGGUGACAGUGACACCGGAACCACCGCCAUAUUUCACUCCGAAGGAGGCGGAAAGAUUUGAUAAAUGCGUCAAACGAUUGCAAAUUAUAGCUAAUAUAGGGCGGCAUGGAUAA